AUAAAAAAUAGAUAUUAAAUAUAAAAAAGUAGCUAAGAAUGGCAAACAGUAUUGAUUAUUCGUCUCUUGGCGAUAUAGAAAAGAAACUUAACUCAGCAAAACAAUCUCUAAGUUCCCUCAAUGAGAAUAUUCGCAGAUUUGUUGGUCGAGGACCCAAAGACUCUAGAAUAGAGAAAAAUGGUCCUGAUGGAGACGGUAAAAAAAAUGAGCAAAAUCUAGAAAGAAGCGUACAACGCCAGUCCUUAAAACCUAAGCGGCGUACCCACGAUUCAAGUAGUUUAUUAAAUCGAAUUAUAAAAUCAGACAAGGAUGAAAGUUGGUCUUCAAAUACUCCCCGCGUAAACUCUCGCGUUAUUCGUGAGCUGCCCUCGAGGGAAGAAAUUGUUGAAGCUCAAGGCGUCGACUCUGAAUCGAGAGCAAGAAAUCGUCGCAUGUUUGGUUCACUUUUAGGGACAUUGCAAAAAUUUUGCCAGGAGGAAUCAAGACUAAAAAAAAAAGAGGACAAAAAAGCUCAGAUCGAAAAAAAAUUGGAGAAGCAAGAGAUGCAAGAAAGAGAAAUGUUCAAAAAAGAACGAGAGUCAUUAUUUUUACAUAGAAAGCGUAAGCAGCUCGAGAUCAAAUGUUUAGAAAAAAAAAUGGCUCGUCUGAAAGAUUUCAAAAUCUGGGAGUCGUCAAUGAUUUUUCAAAAACGACAGAUAAGAACAAAAACGAAACCCCACAUAUUUUUUCAACCUCGUAUUUACAAUCCCCAAAUGGAAAAGCUUCUUUCAAAAAGCAAAUUCGAGCUACAUGGUAUAAUAGAGAAGCGCCGAGAGGUAUUGCAAACUGAAUUGAUGGAUAUUGAAAGUACUGAAAAUAUUGAUGAGGAGUGUACAUUGGAUGAAAGCAGCAUCUAUGAAAAAUAUUUGGAUUACGAGGAACAUAGAAUAGACAACAGCAAUUCAAAAACAUGUGACAGUAAAGUAAAAGAAAAUAUUCAAACGUCUAUAAAGUUGGACAGAUCAUUUAAUGGAAAUACAGAAGGGCAGAAGACAUGAAGCUUUGUUUUAUAGGAAUUUUUCUGUUUGCAAAUUUUAACAAUAAAUAGCUUUUUUU